GUCUUGUUGAAGUCCCUGCUCAGCCAGACCUCGGCGGGAACUGCAGCAUCUCCCAUCCUUCCAAGCUUUCAGGAGAAGCCGCUGGCCUGAUGGUGAGGCGAAUGGGUUGGGGGGGGACCAGGGGGCGGUUGGGGCGGUGGGGAGACUUGGGGCCUGGAUCAGUGCCCCUCCUCCCCAUGCCACUGCCUCCUCUUCCUCCUCCUCCAAGUCGGGGGCCUGGGGGAGGGAGGGUCUCCAUCUUCUCUCUGUCCCCUGCCCCUCACACAAGAAGUGCCCCGUCCUCGGCUCCUCCUUCAGCCCUGGGGCCCCCCUGCCCAGCGGUGCAGGUGUCAGGGGCUUCUCAGCCUCACCAUAGUGCCAUCUCCACCCCAGCCACCCCCACAAUGCAGGCCAGGCCUGCGAUGACACCCAUCUCUGUACCCCCCUCCUGGGGUUCCCACUCUGCCCCACCCUUGGCCUCGGUGACUCCCCCUCCCCCAUGCCGGUGCCCCCAGGACCCUCCUGGGCUUCGGAUAGGCCCUCUGAUCCCUGAGCAGGAUUAUGAGCGGCUGGAGGACUGUGACCCUGAGGGGUCCCAAGAUUCACCCCUCCACGGGGAGGAGCAGCAGCCCCUGCUUCAUGUACCUGAAGGACUCCGAGGCUCCUGGCACCAUAUCCAGAACCUGGACAGCUUCUUCACCAAGAUCUACAGCUACCACCAGAGGAGCGGCUUUGCCUGUAUCCUGCUGGAGGAUGUCUUCCAGCUGGGACAAUUCAUUUUCAUCGUCACCUUCACCACCUUCCUCCUUCGCUGCGUGGAUUACAAUGUUCUCUUUGCCAACCAACCAAAUAACCGCACAAGACCUGGGCUGCUCCACAGCAAAGUGACCUUGUCGGAUGCCAUCCUACCCUCAUCCCAGUGUGCCCAGCGGAUCCACUCCAGCUCUCUGCUGGUCUUCCUUCUGAUCCUGGCUACUGCCUUCUGGCUGUUCCAGCUGCUUCGCUCUGUCUGCAACCUCUUCAGCUACUGGGACAUCCAAGUGUUUUACAGGGAAGCCCUCCACAUUCCCCCGGGGGAGCUCGGCUCAGUGUCCUGGGCAGAGGUGCAGUCCCGCCUCCUGGCGCUGCAGAGGAGCGGGGGCCUGUGCGUGCAGCCGAGGCCGCUGACGGAGCUGGACGUCCACCAUCGCAUCCUGCGCUACACCAACUACCAGGUGGCGCUGGCCAACAAGGGCCUGCUGCCGGCCCGCUCGCCCCUGCUCGCGCUGCUGGCCCGCCAGCUCGUCUUCUUCGCCGGCGCGCUCUUCGCCGCGUUGCUGGUGCUCACCGUCUACGACGAGGAUGUGCUCGCCGUGGAGCACGUGCUCACUGCCAUGACUGCCCUCGGGAUCCUGGCCACCGUGGCCAGGUCUUUCAUUCCGGAUGAGCAGGCCCAAAGUCGUUCACCGCAGCUCCUGCUGCAGGCGGCCUUGGCCCACAUGCACUACCUGCCGGAGGAGACCGGCCCUGCCGGCAAGGCCAGCGCUUACCGGCAGAUGGCGCGGCUGUUGCAGUACCGAGCGGUCUCCCUCACGGAGGAGCUCCUGUCCCCUCUCCUCACCCCACUGUUUCUGCUCUUCUGGUUCCGCCCUCGCGCCUUGGAGAUUAUUGACUUUUUUCAUCACUUCACUGUGGAUGUGGCCGGGGUUGGAGACAUCUGUUCCUUUGCCCUUAUGGAUGUGAAGCGCCACGGCCACCCUCAGUGGCUCUCGGAGGGACAGACAGAGGCCUCACUAUCUCAGCGUGCCGAGGAUGGGAAGACUGAACUGUCCUUGAUGAGGUUCUCCCUAGUUCAUCCACAAUGGCGCCCCCCAGGCCACAGCUCCAAGUUCCUAGGGCACCUUCGAGGCCGGGUACAACAAGAUGCAGCCACCUGGGGCGCCAACUCCAUUCGCAGUCCCCCCACCCCCGGGGUCCUCAGCAACUCUUCCUCACCUCUGCCGGAGACCUUCCUGGCCAACCUCUUGGUGCAGCCCCUCCUGCCCCCACAGGACCUGAGCCCCACAGCCCCUUGCCCAGCUGCAGCCACAGCCAGCCUCCUGGCCUCCAUUUCCCGAAUUGCCCAGGACUCAAGCUGUGUGUCCCCAGGAGGCACUGGGGGCCAGAAGCUGGCCCAGCUCCCAGAACUUGCAUCUGCUGAGAUGAGUCUCCAUGCCAUCUACCUAUACCAGCUCCAUCAGCAGCAGCAGCAGCAAGAACUGUGGGGGGAGGCUUCAGCCUCCUCCCUGUCCAGGCCCUGGUCCAGCCCCCCACAGACUCUCUCGCCGGAUGAGGAGAAGCCUUCCUGGUCGAGUGAUGGCUCCAGUCCCGCCUCCAGCCCCAGACAGCAGUGGAGAACCCAGAGGGCCCAGAAUCUGUUCCCUGGAGGGUUUCAGGAGCCCACAGACACGCAGAAGGAACCUAGCCAGGCCCCUAGCAUUGACUGAGAGGGCUCCUUAAGGUUUCCUGGCUUCUCCAGCCCCAGGAGAUCAGACGAACUGGAGUGGAAGGACGUGCCAAGCCCCCCUUAAAGACCCCCAUGGACGCUUUAGUUGGGGAUUUGGGCAGGACUUGGAGUCAGUGACGCCCUGGCCCCAGAGAGCAGAGAAAGGGUAGGAGAGGAGAUGCCCAAGGCAGCUGGAAACACAUGUUAGAGCCCACAUGGAGGGGCAAAGGGGACAACUAUUUGUCCUGGAGUGGUUGCCUGGGAAGAAGUUCCCGAGUGACCUCAACAUGGAGGGCUGGGCCAAGGUGGAGGCCAAGCUACACAGAAGGGAGCAAUGAGGGACUGGAUCUGAAAGGCAGUAGGUUCUUCAAGCUCGCCUGGCCUUCAGGUUCCCCUGGGACUCGUGGAGGGCGAUGGGGGUGGGUGAGUGGAAAGCCUCUAGGGAGGCCUGCUGUUUUUGGAGUUCAGCCUUGGUGUGACGCCUGAGGAAGUGGGUGUGGUUUCUCAUCCUGUCUGAAACAAGCAGUAAAGGUUACUCCUGGCUGUG